AUGUCUGAGCGUUUAGCUAUAGAACACUGUGUUUUAUUACCAGAAAAGGAAGGUUAUACUGAGGCAAUUAAGCUUCUACAUGAACGGUUCGGCAGACCACACGACAUCGUAGAAGCCUUCUUAACAGAACUCUUAAGUGGAUCACCAUUGA